GCUCACUUCCCCCAGGAGCUCAGCCUGGCUUUCGCCUAUGGGUCCGGGGUCUUCCGGCAGGCGGGGACCGCCCCCAGCCAGAGCGUGAUGCAAAGGAAGAAAAAUAAGAAUUUUACAUUUUUAAUAUUGUUCCCCACAAACAUGAAGAAGGGAGGAAGAGCGAAUAACUUGGAAGAUUUAACAAGUCUGUUCAACUUUGUACCAACUCUGUUCGAUCACUGAUUCACUGAGCAACUCAGACCGGUCCAGAAAUGGCAAGCACAAUAUGCUGGACUUCGUGUUUGCUGUGGAUGAUUCUGUCACUUGGCAUAUGAUGAACCUGCUAAAGAAUAGGAGUCAUUAUUCUUUCCUAAAACUUUUUGGGCCAAAGCAAAUCAGUAAUAUACAGAGCUGUGGAGCAGGGAUUUACUACAAUACUUUAGUGCGAUGUAAUGGUAGGAUGAUAAAAUAUGGCGUAAUUGGCACUGAUGCGCUGAUUGACGAUCUGCUUCACUGGAAAACUCUCUAUGUUGCUGGACGUCUGCAAAAGCCGGUGAAAAUACUGACACAGAAUGAAAAUGGCAAGCUGCAGGCUGCCCUACUUAGCAAUCUAAAGAGUGCAGUCACAGCAGCCUUUCUCAUGUUGCCAGAAAGUUUCUCUGAAGAAGACCUCUAUAUGCAGAUUGCAGGACUCUCCUACUCUGGUGAUUUCAGAAUGAUAAUUGGAGAAGACAGAUCAAAGGUGCUAAACAUAGUGAAAGAAAAUGUGCCCCAUUUUCAGAAGCUCUACAGUAACAUAUUACAGGAGUGCUCUCAAGUGGUGUAUAAGCACCAGCUGGGCAGGCUAGAGAUCGAUAAAAGUCCAGAAGGUCAAUUCAUGCAGUUAAUGGCUUUGCCGAGGACUCUUCAACAAAAGAUAACUUCUUUUGUGGACCCUCCUGGGAAGAACAGAGAUGUGGAAGAGGUUUUACUGAAAGUGGCCCAUGACCCUGACUGUGGAUUAGUGGUACAUCAGGGCAUUUCAGGAAUUGUGAGAACUUCCAGUCUAAUACAGAGUUCUAAAACCAUACUAACAGCUGGGUUGAAGAAAUCAGUGACUUACAGUAUGAAGAAAAUGUAUAAAAUGACAAAAGGAUGCCUAAGGAAGGCUUCCUGAUGUCCAAGUUGUGUACAUACUAUGUAUAGGUAAAUAAACAGACUUCUUUUUCUCUGCAAAUAUUGUGCAAUUGGUACCUGUUGCUUAACUGCCUAUGUAAACUGUGGAUCGGUAGCAACAAUUAUACUAUGUAUAUACAAAUACUUGCUUACAUGGGGUACGGAUCUCAUUUGGUGCAGAUAAUUUGCUGACGGCUGAGGGAAUUAUUUUGCAAUUAUACUUAAGGUUUUCCUGCAUAUAUUAAUGAUUUGACUCUCAAAUACAUUUGCCAGAAAUGCUUGUUUGCACAUCUGAAAGCAAAAAAAUAAAAUUCCUAUAUGUUUGAUAGCUUUCCUCUCCAAAAUAGUCCAGAUUCUUUCUUCUCAAGCUUUCUCCUGUUCUCAUCUCCAGUCUCUUCUGAGGAGUUUAUAGAAUUGUGGGGUCCAGUUGAGUUUUAACUAGAUAUUAAAACUUUCCCCAUACAAUUCUUUCUUUCUUUAUUUUUUACAUUAAAUCCAUGUGAGCACAUGUAUUUUAAAAGUGCAAUAUUACUCUAUAACCCUUCUGCAGAGUGGAAUCCAUCAAGAAUACAUUUUUCUCACACACAACCCAGAAAGGAGUACUUGUGGCACCUUAGAGACUAACCAAUUUAUUUGAGCAUGAGCUUUCGUGAGCUACAGCUCACUUCAUCGGAUGCGUACCGUGGAAACUGCAGCAGACUUUAUAUACACACAGAGAUCAUGAAACAAUACCUCCUCCCACCCCACUGUCCUGCUGGUAAUAGCUUAUCUAAAGUGAUCAUCAAUUUGGGCCAUUUCCAACACACUCACUCACUCUCACUCACUCACUCUCUCUCUCCUGCUGGCAAUAGCUCAUCCAAACUGACCACAAGUGCCAGAAGUACUCCUUUUCUUUUUGCGAAUACAGACUAACACGGCUGUUACUCUGAAACAACCCAGAAAAUACUUAAUGAGAUAGAAGCAUUUUGGAGGAUAUAUUUCACUGUCUGUGCCAUGUCUGGGAGCAUAGGUAACUGAAGAGUUACGAGCCGGUAAGGUAUCAUAAAGGUCAGCCAUUCUUGGCAAUCCUUUUAGUUGACAGCAACAUAACUCACAACUAAAUAGUGGCUGGGAGGUUAUAUUUCAAAACAAGGUCAAUUUUCAUUAAGCUUCUGGGUCCAGUAAUGUGUAAGUUACGCAAUAUAUUUUAAGUGUUCUGCACUACCAACUCACAAAGUGCUUUAAAAUCAGCCUGGUUAAAAUCAUGGACGUUGUUAGUUACAGUAUAAACUACUUGAUUAAUGUAAAUUGUAAAAUGUGUGUGAAAAUACUGGCCAUAAGGAUAGAACCUAUUCUCCUCCAAUUAAUCAGAUCAGCUUUACAAAAGAGAUUCAACUACCAUAUUCUUAUUACUUUUCAAUAAGUUAUUAAAGAUGCGGUCAGUGGAGGCAUUGACUUUUUAAUGUAACGAGAAUCUUUGAUAUGGUGUAUUAGGAGUAGCUGCUGAAAAUAAUGGGAAUGUUUCAGAAUUCCUUUUUCUCUUUGGAUCAAGUGGCUUUACUUCCUUGUUUAUUCAGAAAUGGCUUUUCUUAACAGGUGUUCUCCAUAUGAAGGGACUUGACAGGGGCAUCCUUUUUCUCACUAUUUGAUCUGGUUUUAAAGCCAGUGGCAGUCUCAAUAAGGCAAAAACAAAAAUAUAAAGAGGUUAGGAAUUUAAAAGCAACUUUCCCACAGACUACAUUUUUUGUUGCAUAACCUUAAUUACUCAACUUUAUCAUUUUGAUUUCAUUUAAUUGGAAGUUUUAGGAAAAUCUUAAAUUACAAAAAGAAUUGAGGGUGUAAAACCAGCUGUUACCUAUUUCCAAGGAGUAAUUUAAGCAUAUCAUGCAGCUUGGAAAUUUGAGUGGGAAGUUGAGGAAAUAACAUAGUGUAACAUGGCUCAUUAAUUCAGUUCUGCUUUCAUCACCAUUGAACAGAUGUAACAAUCUAUGACUUUAAAAUCCUGAAGAGCUUAAAGUGAUUAAAUUUAAAUCUAGAGUCAGUAGAUAAAACUAGAUUGUUCCAUUUAAAACUUUAUUGGAAUAAGACUGAUAAUACGGAACAUUGAAUAUCCUCCUAAAGCCAUUGUUCCUAUUAACUGUCUUUCCUAUAUGUAUAUUCCUAUCAUAUUGUCACCCAUCAGUAGUUGGUUACAAAUCUUGGAAUAGGGUCAAAGCAACCGGACAAACAUUUCUGUAUAGUGUGCACUUUCUGGUAGUGGUAGGCUUUACGUUUCCAAACUUCCAGGAAUACAAUAUGUUAGGCUAAAAUUUCCAUAUUGAUUGUUUCAGAGAAAAAAAAGUAAAAAGACGGCAAGGGAAUUUAUAUUGGAGAAUGGCUGAAAACCCAUUUCUUCCAUGAGUUGCCAAUAAUUAUAAUAGUAAGUCUCUGCCUCAUACUAUUAGGUAUGUUAGAGAGGCUCAGAAAGUUGGUUUGCAGCUGCUUCUGUACCCUGUGGAAAGAGACCAUGAAUCAGUAAGCCUAGGAUAUUCAGAAAUGCAAGAGAAAAGUGAAACUGGGAAAACAGGUUAGUCUCCAAGCACAAAGAAAAAGGAUAUCAUCCCCACGUAACAGGUGAAAGGUAGUGUCAUCCUUGCAUCACCUUUAAAUAGAAAAUAAUUGGCACUUCUUUUAACUGUGGCAUAUUCUGCAACAAAAGUUAUUCAGGUUAGGAAACAGUUGUAUAUGUAGCUCUAGCAUUGUGUGUCAGGUAGUAAGAGGACAAAGUCCCCGCUCUGAAGAGUUCAUAAUCUAAGUGGCAUACACAAGGAGGAUGGGGGUUGAGAGUAAAAAAAGACAGACUAGUGGAGCUGGGGCACAUAACUAGUUAGUUCCUCAGGUUUUGGUUGGAUUUUUUUUGGGGGGGGGGGGAAGGGGGAGAGAAUAAAAAUAAAGGGUCUGCUUGAUUGCCUGCUAGUCUUGUGUACAAAAUACCACUUAUCUUAACCAAAAAUAGAUAUGGAACAAAUACUUGAAUAAUCCCACAAAUGAUGUAUUUUGUAGUAAAAUGAGUAAAAAUUCUCUGAAAUCAGUUGCUGAUUUAAAAAUGAGGCUUAUUCAGCAGCAAAUUCUUAAGAAUGUUGGACACCAUUCAGAAUGACAAAGGCAGGAAUAGGAGAUAAUGACAAGACAAACACAAGCCUACUUCCUGUGCUGUUCAAAUAUCCUGAAGUGUGAUGUUGGAGGGCCAGAUGAGUAUAAUCACCCCACUGGAAAGUUAUGUCCCAAUUUGACAGUAUGCUGAUGAGCCAUCCUGCAUUCCCAUUAAAGUGGGGGAAAUGCACCAGCCUGCAGGAUUUAGUCCAUGAUAAAAUAAUUGAGAGGAAUGUAUUUCUCUGUAGAAUUGUAUUUUCCUGUGUGUAUGUGUCUUCUGUUUUUGUAAUCAAACUUUGAAAAAAUAAAAAUAUUUUAUAUCAGGAAAAUA